AUGGCGCUGCCGUCAAUACUCGGCAUUCGAAAACGCCAUCAGACCAACGGACAACUUUCGACAAAUUUAGAUACCCAGUCGGCAUCGACACGUUACGGCAAUGUCUCCAAGGCAGAUCUCAAGAGGGCCACCAAGACGCGCCGCAUUGCGACGAUGAUCGCCUCGUUCUCAUAUCUCCUAUCCGUCAUCUUUCUUCUCCUGGUGAUCAUUGGCAACAUUAAUGGUUCUGGUGCUCUUCCUUCGAUCUACUUCUUCAAGCUCGACCUGGCGGACAUUAUCCCCCAGUCAGCACCCAAUGCCAACCUGAUCAACUCCAUUGCGAGAACCAUUGGUCUUCAUGACUUUUACCAAGUUGGCCUUUGGAACUUUUGUGAGGGCUAUGCUGAUACCGGCAUCACUUAUUGUUCAAAGCCCCAGAGGCUGUACUGGUUCAAUCCUGUCAAGAUCCUCAUGAAUGAGCUGCUUGCAGGCGCGACCAUCGCGCUUCCCACGCAGGUCGUCCAAAUAUUGGACAUUCUGCGGCUCACCUCACAACUCAUGUUUGGGUUCUUCAUGGCCGGAAUUGUGCUGAACUUCGUCCUCAUGCUCGCCUCUUUCCUGGCUGUCCGUUCGCGCUGGGUCAGCCUGCCUUUUGGCAUCAUUUCCUGUCUCGCCGGGCUCGUCGUCCUUGCCGCAACUGUUAUCGGCACCGUCAUCAGCCUCGUGUUUAAAAUCGCCGCCGAAUCUCAGUCAGAGCUCAACAUACACGCUUAUGUCGGCGUCAAGAUGUUUGUCUUCAUGUGGCUGGCUGUGGGGUUCACUGGCCUCAGCUUCAUCAUCCACUCCGGCAUGGGUUGCUGUUGCACAUCGCAAAGGGACAUCAAGAUUGGGCGGAAGAAGAUACGCGAGAAGAGCCCUGUAGCUUCUACUGCAAGCUGA